CGGAGGUCUACUUUACGUCCUUCCUUCCGUGGUUUGACCACCGUUUCAUAUACUCAUCCACCAUUCCGUCACUCAUCCACGAAGAGCCCCAGCUGGCUACCACCAUGUAUCCACAAACCCCAAUUGGGUACUCGGGACCGGUAACCUUCAGCCAUGGUGGUGUCGACACUGGGGAGGGGAUCGAGGACUACUAUGCAGCGAUGCAACCGCAGUGGACCGGAUUGGAAGCUGUAUGUUGCAUAGUCAACCAAUCUCCAGAGACCACCCACUUGAAGCUGACCAGCUCUGAGUUGAUGCAGUCGCCUUAUGGAGCAGUCAGCCAUCCGUAUACUACAGCGGCAGCCUUCCCUACCGGCUCCAUCCUCACUCCUAUCAGCCUCCCCGACAGCUCCUUCAGACCGAGUCCGGUACUCAGUCAUCAUUCGCAAGAAUACCAAUACAAUAUCAACGAUACCGUUCCGUCGCAAGGACUAGGUAUCACGGCCCCAUUUCCAAACAAUUUCCCUCGGACUGUGACUGCGGGUCUCGGACACACUCUAGAGGAUUUGAAAUAUGGCCUGGGCGAGGUGGAUCACUCGCCGCAGCCUCCCCCACCAAAGAAAGCCAGACGUGGGCCCAAGCAGGCAAUCACGCCUCGGGAGGCUCCCGUUUCCAUACUCCCCAACCCCGAGGGGCUCCAGCGGAUGGAGCAAGAGCGGAGACAGGGUGCCGCCGAUGCACAGCAGCAACAGCGACCUCGAGCUCCAGGCAGAGGGCGCAGGGACCCACAGGCCGAGGAAGAAGAUGCCUUCGUGGAACGUCUCCGGGAACAGAACUUAGCCUGGAAGAUCAUCCGCGAGAUGUUCCGGGAGAGGUUCCACAAGGAUGCGUCGGAGGCGCGGCUACAAAUGCGCAUGCUCCGGCGGCGCAAGGAGCGCCUGGCCCGCUGGGAUGAGAACGAUAUCCGUCUACUCAUCAGGGCUCGGGAUUAUUGGGAGCACGAGAAGUAUAAUGUGAUUGCGCGAAAGAUGAAUGAGUUUGGAGCCGGGCAGUACACACCACAGCAAUGCGAAGCGCAGCUACGGUACCUUGAUGCGCAGCACCGGGACCGAAGUGGCCUGGUCCCGCGGUCCCGUAUAUCUGAGCCUUCGCAGGCUCGACGGCGAGUCUGGCCUCGAUCAUCAUCUCAAAAUUUAAACGGUGACACCAAGACGUAAUUGACUUGCCAUGGGUGUACUGAUGAACGCGAGAGGCAUGUUGAGGCGC